AUGGAUAAUUUACGACAACCAGAAAGUCGUCGUACAGAUAAAAGACCCAUUUGUGGCCGGAAACGAGUUAUUUCUGAAUCUGAUGUCAACAACGAUAGAUCAGAAGGUGAAAUUUACGAAAAUUCAAACCCUGAUUUUCUUUUGACUCAAAAGAAGUAUAAGAUCCCGAAGUUGGAUAAAAAGAGAGCCGGGGGAGAAAAUCUGGACAUAAUACAACAAAUUAAUGAAUUGUUGGAGCAAUCUAAUGAUGAAAGAGAUCAUCAAGACCAUGAAAAAGAUGACGACUCAGAAAACGAUUUUGAAAAGUUUCUUGAACAAGAAUAUUCUGUUGUGGAUAAAGUUGGCAAUGUUUUGCCAGCAAAAGUUGCUGACAUAAUUAAACACAUGUUUAAUACUAAGCAAGCUGAUGAUCGGUCAAAAGGAAUAAUGGAAAAAUACCUGAGACCAGGGAAUAUUGAAUUAUAUCCUCAAAAGAUCAAUACAGAAAUUUGGGGGCAUCUGAAAAAGGAAACCCAAUGCAAAGACAUUGACUCUUUCAAAUUGAGUGAAAAAUUGAUAAAAUGUUCAUAUGCUGUUAUGAGCUUAGUAGAACUGUUAUUAAAAUCUAAGAAACAGGACAAAAAGUCAGAUGAUAAAGACAGUAGUCUGUCUUCUGGGAUUAAGACUGGAAUGGAUGCUCUUUCAUUACUUGACCAUAUAGUGCAGGAUCAUAAUCAGAUUAGACGUGAUAGUUUAAAGGUAGACUUAAAUCUACAAUAUAAAAAAUUGUGCAAUCCUUCUCAUAAUACUGAUACUGGAUCAAGUAAAUGGUUGUUUGGUGAUGAACUUGGUAAACGUGUAAAAGACAUAAAAGAAACAAAUCAAGUUGGUUCAUCAGUGGCCAGUGGAAGCCGUCUAUAUAAAAGCGUUUCAAGAUUUAAUUCUAGAUCCAAGCCUUUUUUAUCACAAGGCAACAGUCACUACAAGCGACCUCCACAAAAUCAAAGUCAGUACAGGUUCUCGAACAAGAAGUACAGUUCUCAUCAGAGAAGCAGUUACAAUCAGAACAAGAAAAAUCAGUCAGAGAAAAAAUAG